UGAGAACAGCCGCCGCCGCCGCAGCUCCUCGCCGACGCAACCGGCGCCGCUCCUAAAACCACGUAAACCCUAACCCCCGAUUCCUCUCCGGACUCCACCAAUCUCCAGCUCGAUCGCAGUCGGAGCCCAGCCAUCCAUGGCCGCCGCCGCCCCCGCCGCCGCGCCGCUCGACGAGGCCAAGGCGAAGAGCGUCCUUCGCCAGGUGGAGUUCUACUUCAGCGACAGCAACCUCCCCCGCGACAAGUUCUUGAGGGAGACGGUCGAGCAGAGCGACGAUGGCCUGGUGAGCUUGGCCUUGAUAUGUUCCUUCUCGCGGAUGAAGUCCCACCUGGGGCUCGACGCCGCGGUGAAGCCUGAGACUGUGCCGGAGGAGACUGUGCUCGCGGUGGCUGAGGUGCUGCGACGUUCUCCUGUGCUCCGCGUAUCAGAGGACGGAAAGAAGAUUGGUAGAGCAAGUGAGUUGUUGAAGCCAGAUGAGGUCAUAGAGCAAGUAGAUUCUAGGACAGUUGCUGCAUCGCCACUGCCUUACAAUGUAAAGCUGGAAGAUGUCCAAUCUUUCUUCGCACAAUAUGCAAAGGUGAACAGUGUGAGACUACCACGUCAUAUUGCAAACAAAAAGCACUUCUGUGGCACUGCUCUAGUCGAGUUUUCUGAAGAAGAGGAAGCAAAAAAAGUUUCAGAGAAUACUUUGGUUUUUGCUGGGGUAAACCUGGAAAUAAGACCAAAGAAGGAAUUUGACGCUGAACAGGAAUCUAAAAGAGAAGAAUACGAAAAGGCGCACCCUGUCAAGGAUAGUCAGGAUGAAGGCUUUCCAAAAGGCCUAAUUGUGGCCUUCAAAUUGAAGAAGGAUAUGGCUGAGUCUGCGGUUCAACAAACUAACGAAACUUCCAAUUCUGUUGAGAAUCCAUCAGGCGAGGCAUCUGAGAGGAUCCCAGAUAAUACUGAUUCAAAGGAUGACAAGUCCUCGGACAACAUGACCAAGGAGAAAGAGGUAAACAUUAAGGAAGCUACAGAAUCUGAGAAGUGCACUGGUGAUGCCUUGGAAGACUGCGAAAAGCGUGGAGAUAGUGAAUCAUUGAGCAGGGAUGGCAAUAGUGUUUCUGGCAAUGUGAAGAACCCAAUCUCGAGGGAGGAUCUAAAAGAAGCACUCAAGAAAUUUGGAAAUGUUCGGUAUGUGGACUUCAGCAUCGGGGAUGAUUCAGGAUACCUUCGUUUUGAAGAUUCUAAGGCAGCUGAAAAGGCUCGCGUGGCUGCUGUACUAGCUGAUGAAGGUGGCUUGAUAAUAAAAGACCACAUCAUUACUUUGGAGGCUGUGACUGGUGAAGCAGAGAAGGAUUACUGGAGCAAAAUUCGUGGCAUUCAAGAAAAUUACAAGGACAAUAGAAGCUACAAAGGAAGGGCCGGAAAGAACUACAGGGGAGGAAAGCAGUUCAAUGGGAAGCGAGGUAGAAACCCUGAUGCUGAGAAGAAUUCUAAUAAGGCCCAGAAGGUUGAAGCUGCCGCGUGAGACUAAUUUAGCUACCGGUAGUACCUCGACUAGGAAGUAACAUGCACCAUGCUGCUUAUCUCCACUAGUCUCCAAGCAUCAGAGACUUGUUCUUACCAUUUUGGUUCUUUUGGUGGUUUGUUGCGAUGUUUACUUGCACAAAUUCUGAACAUUUGGUUGAGUUUAUUGUGAUACGAGUGGUCAACUAAUAUCGUGUAUAAAAUCAAAACUGGCCUCAUGAGCUCCUGGUGCAGGUGUUCUGUUUCUGAUACCGUCCUCAAUGCUCGCUGGGUUUUGCAGAUUGUAAACAAAGAAACACAGAAAUAGUGUUUGAUUGUA